AUGACACUCACGUUAGCGGAUGAAAUAAAAAAAUAUGACACUGGAGCCCUUAUUUCAUUUUUGCAGGAACGGGACUUAAGGCUUGACUUAGAUGAUGAAAAUAUUAUUCGUAAGGAAAAGAUUGAUGGCCGUGCCUUCCUCAAGCUAGGCAAAGAAGAGUUUCGCAGUAUUAGUUUGGGUUUGAGACCUACCGAAGUAUUAGAAAAAUAUGACCUCGCUUCUGAAGGCACAGAGAUUAUACCUCUUUUCACACUACGAAUUCACAAAAUCUCAGACGAAAAUAAGUAUCUUGAACUGUAUAUGGCAGAUAUCAAGUUAUGA